AUGGAGACCGAGUGUCCUGUGGACUCGUGUGCUUCAAUAGAACGCAGUUUUAAAUCCAUUGUGCUGGAUCACGGAGAUACCAAUCAGUGCAUACCUGAUUUUCCAUCAUACAUUCGGAAGGUGAUUGUUGUGGGAAAAUUGGCCUUGUCCGAAGAAGAUAUACGAAAAUUUUACUUGACUAGGGUUUAUUUGGAGUAAGUUUUUGAACUAUUUUUUUGAAGUUUAGGUUUGUCUUUGAAAGGAUCUUAAUUAAAUAUGAAUGACGUGUUUGUUAUAGCUAAAAAGAUUUUUUUAAAAUUUGAGUGGAAUGUAGGACUUAAAGAUGACAUUUUUUAGCGAUUGCGACCUUUACAAUUUGUGUUUAAAGGAAAGCUCUAAGCCUACAGUGGUACAACCAACUUCAGAAUCGUGUCAACGCUACGCAGGUUGGACUAAUUAUUAUAAAGUAGCUAAACUUGACGAUCCUGAGAUAGUUGAAGACAUGUCAGAUGAUGGUAAGUUUUUUGUCUUUGUCUUGUUCUAAAAAACAUAUUGUAUGCUUGAUGCUGCUAAGGUAAGGAAUGUUAUAGCGUACACUCUUCAGUUACGCCAAUGUUAUACAUUUAAAAAAAUGGCAGAUGUAAAAAUAAUUAUUAUAAGUUUUUGUAACAGUAAUUUUUUUUAAAUUUUUUAAUUUAGAAGAUAAUUUUUUAAUUUAGAAGAAACAAAAGCAAUGAAAGAGAUGAAUUUACCUCAAAAUUUUGGAGGCAGCAAUAAAAUGGCAUUAAAACAGAGGAUAAAGAAGUUUUUAGUUGAAGUAUGUUUAUUAACUUUUUAAGUUAAGAAAUGUUAUUUAUAAAAUUAAAUUUACGAUUUUUUCAUUUUUGUUAUUUGGUCAAUUUCUAGGCAGAAUCAGCCGGAUUUGCUCCGGGCUUUACUGUGCCUAAUACUUCAACAGGAAUUAAAAGAAACAGCGUGAAGGGAAUUUCGACUAGAAUGUUGGGCACAUAUUAUUCACCGAUGUACAAAUUUCUCGAGACAAAAUUGAAAACGGAAACGUCAGAUUUCAUGGAAAAAGAAACAGAAAACAUUUCGGAAAAAGAAGCUACAGAUUUAUUAGAAGACUCAAUUUUGGGAAUUCAUAAUGAUUUUGAAUCUUCAAGUAAUGUUUUUGAUACUCAAGAACGCCAAAACUUUAAUUUUGGAUUCGAUGCUGAAAAAGACGUUGAGUUGAUUGCUUCUAAACAAGAAGAAAAAUGUAAAAAAGAUAAAGUGAGUAAUGGUUUGAACUUUUACGGACGGCUACUUUAUUUUUCUGACUUUAAUUUUUUGGAAUAAGAUUUUAAACGAUGAUUUAAACAUAAAGCAAAAAAUUAGCAUGUUUUUAAAAUCUGUUGUACAAAUACGAUUGCAGGAUCUUGUCAAGUUUUGGUUCCAGCGAUAUCGUUUGUUUUCUCGUCUCGACGAAGGCAUUUUAAUGGAUCGGGAGGGGUGGUUUAGCGUAACUCCAGAAAGAAUAGCCGAAAAUAUAGCACAAAGAAUGAUUUCAAAUCCGGGCGAUAUUAUUUUGGACGCUUUUACUGGUGUGGGAGGGAAUGCCAUUCAAUUUGCGCUUCAAGGAGCUUACGGUAAGUUUUUAUUUGAAUAGAAAAACUAAUUUUUUAUCACUUUACUCAAAACGCCCGCAUUCAUAAAUGUAAAGUCUAUCUUAAUCUUUUUGUUUAUUUCAGUAUAUGCAAUCGACUUGGACCCGAUUCGCCUGAAGUGCGCAAGAAGAAAUGCCGAAAUUUACGGUGUAGCCGAUUACAUAACGUUUAUUUGUGGAGAUUUUUUUGAUAUUGCUAAGGCAUUUUUGGGAAGCCGGAAACCAUCGUCGGAUGAAGGUUCAUCAUCAUCACCACAAUCAAGCGAAAACCUUUAUUCAAUCACGGCAGUCUUCUUAUCACCACCAUGGGGUGGGCCUAGCUACGGGGCCAAGACUUUUGACAUAAAAGAAAUGGGCGGCUUAGAUGGCAUUGAGAUAUUUAGGUUGGCUGAAAAGAUAUCUCCGAAUAUUGGGUAUUUUUUGCCAAAGAAUACACCAGUCGAUCAGGUAAAACAUUCCUUCUUAGUUUUAAUGUUUUUAAAUUUUAGAUCGUGUCACUAGCUAACAACUACAAGAAAGUGGACAUUGAGCAAAGUUAUUUGAACGGAAAAAGAAAAGCAAUAACAGCGUAUUACGGGGAUUUGGCUUCAUCUCCAACACGACUGGAAACAUCAUCAGAACAAUAG